CGGGCGCGGAGCCUGAAGUGUUGUGGCCGCCGCCGCGUGUCGCGGAGGCAUGUGUGGAGCCCCGGCGGAGGGAGAGUCGCGGGUCCUUGGCACUUACUAGGUAUUAACACCAUGAGCUUCGUGGCAUACGAGGAGCUGAUCAAGGAGGGUGACACAGCCAUCCUGUCACUGGGCCAUGGUGCAAUGGUGGCAGUGCGUGUGCAGCGUGGGGCACAGACCCAGACCCGGCAUGGUGUCCUGCGACACUCAGUUGACCUUAUCGGCCGCCCCUUCGGCUCCAAGGUGACGUGUGGCCGAGGUGGCUGGGUGUAUGUGCUGCACCCCACGCCUGAGCUCUGGACACUGAACCUGCCACACCGCACGCAGAUCCUCUACUCCACGGACAUUGCCCUCAUCACCAUGAUGCUGGAGCUUCGACCGGGCUCUGUGGUCUGUGAGUCUGCAGAGAGAGUUGCCCCUUCUGGAGAGAGGCCAGGACUACCCCGGGGAGCUGUUGCAGGUUGGAAGCCUUCCCCAUCCUCAUCCAUGAUCAGAUCUUCACCUGCCACCAAUGAAUGCACAGGCAGUGGCUCUGUGUCCCACGCCAUCAUCCGAACCAUUGCACCCACGGGCCACUUGCAUACGGUGGAGUUCCACCAGCAGCGGGCAGAGAAGGCACGGGAGGAGUUCCAGGAGCACCGCGUGGGCCGCUGGGUGACCGUGCGCACGCAGGAUGUGUGCCGCAGCGGCUUUGGCGUGAGCCACGUGGCUGAUGCUGUGUUCCUGGACAUCCCGUCACCCUGGGAGGCCGUGGGGCACGCCUGGGAUGCCCUCAAGGUGGAAGGCGGGCGCUUCUGCUCCUUCUCGCCGUGCAUCGAGCAGGUGCAGCGCACGUGCCAGGCGCUGGCGGCGCGCGGCUUCUCAGAGCUGAGCACCCUGGAGGUGCUGCCGCAGGUCUACAACGUGCGCACCGUCAGCCUGCCACUGCCCGACCUGGGCUCGGGCACAGAUGGCCCUGCCAGCCCCGACACCAGCCCCUUCCGCAGCGGCACGCCCAUGAAAGAGGCCGUGGGCCACACCGGCUACCUGACCUUUGCCACCAAGACCCCAAGCUAGGGGGCUGCCACCCCGGGCAUCAGCGAGCUGGGAGCACGGAAGGGCUGGGCAGGGAGGCCAGAGGCACCUUAUAUGGUCGGCGCCUGCUAGACACAGAUGGUGGGGCGGGGUUUCAGGGCCUCCUGGGUGGCCAGAGUUUGGGGGCAGGAGGGGCGGCUGUGAUGAAGGAGCAGAGCCGGGGCUGGGCCUCGGCCUUUCUUGUCUAGCCCCGCGGCCUGUCCGAGCUGCUGUUUGUUGCCAGCAUGAAGUCUCCACUG